AUCGUGAAGCGAGUUCUACGAAAGCCAGGAGGUAUAAUUGCGGUCUGGUGCUAUGGUAGCAUGGAGUUUAGCCCAGAAAUUGAUGGUAUCUUAAGGAGGUUUUUCGAGCUAGGUAUACCUUUCCAAAGCCAAAGUUUCAAGAUUGCAUUACAGUGUUACAAGACGCUUCCAUUUCCUUUCGAAAGUGUAGGUGUUGGGUGCGAGGGGCAGCCGCUGGAAUUGGACAUGCGAAAGGAGAUGUCGUUUCAGGGACUCUUGAAGUUCCUCAGGUCACUUCCGGUGGUCCAUAUAGCUAAGGAACAAGGUGUGGAUUUAUUGCCUGAAGAGCUUCUCAAGGAAUUUGAGAGGGCUUGGGGCGAGCCAGAAAUGGUCAGGACUGCUAUCUAUAAGACAUACAUGCUUGCAGGAAAAGUCAAGCUCUAGAUGAAAACGCUUGAUGCAGCUGUGCUUCUUCUCCCUUCAGAGGUUUGAGCUCCAUUGUACUUCAAUUAAUGCUUGUUUAGCAUUCAAGAAUAAAUUAACAACGCCUGUAUUUGUACCUCGCCAAUUUCACCGGAGUACUUGAAUGCUCCUAUGAUUAUUAUAUACAAAAAUCGUUAAUAUCAGUUGAAUUAUAA